CUCAUCCCUUUUACUGCUUGAUAGUAAGUUCACCCAUAUGGACUCCCUAUUCUCAUGUUUUCGUGAUAAGUGGUAUACUCUGGGACAUUGAACUCCAUCUCCCAACUGCGUCACUCAACACCUUUUUUUUCUUUUCCUUUCUUUUCUUUCCGACGUCUUUCCAGGAAUCUUGCGGACUUGUCUGUCACAACAAUUAGACAAGACUAAUUAAUUGUUUCCCUCCCCUUUGUACUCUAUUCAUGCCGGGCCCUGUCGGAUUCUUUCAUUCGACCUUUUCAUGUGCUUUGAACCCUUGCCCACAUUCGCUUUAUCUGUGCAAACAACAAACAUAGACACCAGCUAUUCGAACGCCUGUCUCAUGCGCUUUUCUAGCCGCUUGGAUUCAUAAAUAUAUACUCACGCUAACUCGACUCAAUUAGCUUCUAAUAAUACACGAUGCUCUGGGUUUGCUCUGCUAGUACUGAAGACCUAAAGCAACAGGUCUAUCACGCCUUAGACCUCUAACAUUGGCUUCUCUCAACGUUCAUCCACCCUGUUCAUAAUACGCUUCUAUUAACAAACCAACCUAUAUCUGCCUAUCAUGGGUAACGCCCGUGAACAUCUUGUAAAAUGGGCUCAGGCUCUUCGCCCGGCCUUCCUCUCACGACAUCCUCACUUUAAUUUCAUCACACUCCACUAUUUUUGGAUCAUUGGGUGGACUAUCAUAGGUUCCGUUCUUAUGUAUGCCUCUGCUCAUGGUCAGUUGGCUUACGUCGAUGCACUCGCUUUUGCUGCAGGUGCCAAUACCCAGGCGGGCUUGAACACCGUAGAUAUAAACCUCCUAAACACCUUUCAACAACUUGUCAUGUAUUUUUCUGCCCUUCUGUCCAAUCCAAUCACAAUCCACUCUUCUGUAGUAUUCCUUCGGCUCUACUGGUUCGAGAAGCGGUUCCAACAUAUCGUUCGGGAAGCACGAUCUCGGAGAAUUACUAUCAGUAAAUCACGCACCAAGUCUAAGCUGGAUUCGGCAACCCUGGAAAAGGGUAUAAAUGGCCGAAGCAUCAAUGUCGUACGUACUCCAGGAACGGUGACACGAGUGGCAAACGAUGGCAUGUUGCUGGAUGCAUACUCGAUAGAUGGGCAGACAAAGGCGGACGCGCUUACGAAUACGUCUGGAUCAGAAGAUGGUUCAGAGUCCAAGAAUACGGAGGAAGAGCAGCGAACUGCUCAGCCUCAGAUUAAAUUUGCCACCGAAGUACGCCGAAGUGAUACGGUAGAGGAUGAUGACGGACCCCCUAUCCUUCUACCCGAAAGGAGAUCAAAUGCCGAGCAUAUUGCCAUUCUUGAAAAGCAACGCAAAGCCGACAAGAGCGUAUUGAGGAUUCCUGGCCCUCGAGACGCCGAUAUGGGAGCCCUGCCUGAGGAGUUUGAGGGUGACGUUGAGGCCGAGCCGGAAUUUCCGCGGAGCCGACGUGAUUCAAGCAUGGAGCGACCGCAAGCGAUACAUCGACCACUACCAUAUGGGGAGAGACAACAGACCAUUACUAUUGCAGAACCUGAUAAACCCAGAAAGGAAGAUACUAGCAUACCUACAAGGAUCGAAGACGACGUAGAGGCAGCUGCGCAUGUUGUUGGGGCUUCUCUCAGGUUCCGAAAAUCGAGAACAGCAGGUUCAGGUUACCCCCCAACCGAUACCGAAGAUACGCUUGAAGACUCUCGUGCCAAUCCUCUGCGUCGCAUAAAGACGGCUUUGACACGAGGAAAGGAUGAGGACCCUAUGCCAUAUCUUAGUUGGCAGCCGACAAUAGGUCGAAACUCACAAUUCGUUGACCUAACUGAAGAGCAAAGAGAAGAGCUUGGCGGUAUUGAAUACCGUUCAUUGAAGACGCUUGCACUAUGUCUCACCAUAUAUUUCUGGGGCUACAGUAUUCUGGGAAUCAUCACUUUGGUCCCAUGGAUCGUGCACAAUAAUCCCUACUAUGGCUCUGUUCUAGAGGGUUAUGGUAUUGGUCGUGUAUGGUGGGGAUUCUGGACAGCCAAUUCCGCAUUCAUGGAUCUCGGGUUCACGUUAACUCCCGACAGCAUGAACUCCUUCAACACGGCGAUCUUCCCAUUACUCAUCAUGUCAUUCCUCAUCAUUCUGGGCAACACUGGAUUUCCUGUCGCCCUACGUUUCAUGAUUUGGCUUGGGUCAUUGUUUGCGCCACGUGGCUCGGGUCUCUGGGAAGAGCUUCGGUUUCUGCUUGACCAUCCUCGGCGAUGUUUCACGCUACUUUUCCCUUCGAAUGCGAACUGGUGGCUGUUCUUCAUUCUUAUCGCUCUCAACACUAUAGAUUUAAUUUUGUUCAUCGUUCUUGAUCUGGGCAGCGGGCCUAUUUCUAAACUUCCGUUGCAUGUCCGAUUUUUGGACGGCUGGUUUCAGGCCGCGUCGACAAGAACUGCUGGGUUUUCGUGCCUCAAUCUCGCUGAAGUUCACCCCGCAGUGCAGACUUCGUACUUAAUCAUGAUGUAUAUUUCCGUCUUUCCUGUGGCCAUAUCAAUACGAAAGACCAACGUAUACGAGGAACAAUCCCUCGGCGUAUACGAGUCAAAGGAUGACUUUGACGAUAACCAGCCCAGCAUAUCUUACGUAGGCACCCAUUUGCGUCGCCAAUUGUCUUUUGACUUGUGGUACGUUUUCCUCGGAUUCUUCAUCCUCACCAUUACUGAAGGCGGCCGUCUUGUCUCCGGAGAUUUUUCUAUGUUUGCCGUGCUCUUCGAACUUGUCAGUGCCUAUGGUACCGUCGGGCUAAGUUUGGGGUAUACGGGGACCAACACAUCACUUGUUGGGCAAUUCUCCGUCCUUGGGAAACUCGUUAUCAUUGCUAUGAUGAUUCGCGGCCGCCAUCGUGGUCUCCCUUACGGACUUGACCGCGCUGUUCUCUUACCCAGCGAAAAUCUCCACCGUAAGGAGGUAGAGGACGCUGAGUUGAGACUUCAGCGGCGCCAAUCCGCUAUUUCUGCACAUCCGGCGGACCGUGCUUCAAUGAGCAGAGGAAGAGAGCGUAGUCGGAGUGUCGAUCGAGGCAAUAUUUUUGCCGGAUUACUACACAUUGGACCAGCGUAUUCGAUGGCCAAGUCUGAAGCCAAGUCAGAGCAGGCCUCGGGGCUUACCAGACCGGACACAUUGAAGCGCUAUACUAGUGCCACGUCAACCAAAACCCGUGGUUCUCAUGAUCAGGGAACUAUAGACUCCAGAGCCCGAAGAGCAGAAACACAGCCAGUCUCAACCUCAUAGUGGAGGACGAGAACGCUAGUGGAUCACAAUGAGCCUGAGCACCAGUCGAGACCGCGAUCUGCCCCUUCCUUCCAAAGCCCUAAAUGGGGCUUCGAUAGCAAUCGUAGAUGGAGUAAUCGAAGCACUCGUGUACAGUGGUACCUAGGAAGCACCGGGUAGGUAACCAAACAAACGACGAGCACGGCGGGUGGUGCCAACAGUUAAUGGACGUCGGGAGGGGGCACAUAUAUAUAUAAUACGCACCAUUUCCCAUAUAUAUACACCCUAAAAUUACGUAUUUAGAGGCGGCGGUUCACACCGAAUAAGGAUAGAGAAACUGCGGAACUACGAGGCCCCGCGCGGCCCUGGGGUGUCGCCGGGAGCGAGUGAAUAUCAGCGUACCUCGUCUCCCGCAAGAUUGCUAUCCCGUCACGAUUUUGUUGCUACUUAGAUCGAUAGUAUUAUGAGAAAAGAAUGAUUUACUUCUUCUACAACCCCUUUAUAUGUGUAAUUACUAUAGUUAUA